GAAGAAGAAGAAGAAGAAGCAGACGAACUUCCUGUUGAAUGAAACUUAAAACAGGAAGGAUGGAACAGUUUAACUGAAGGAUCCAGUAGGGUAUUUUAUAUCACAAACUGAUAAACACCUGACUGUAACAGGUCUUCAAAUGUCCUACUGGGUCUGCUGCAAUUCCUGCUUUCUUUGCCCAAGUCCUGAGCGCAAACUGGCAGUGACGUCCUGCGGCCAUGUCAUCUGUAGUGCCUGCUAUCACAAAGGCAGCCAUGGCCGGUGUUUGAUAUGCAGCAGCCAGUGCCAGGUUUCUCCUCUUUCUGACAAAAGCAGUUCAGACGUGAAGGCUUUGUUUUCUGACAUCGGCGUUGUGGCAACCAGACAUCUGGCAGAGAUCAGCAAAGUUGUGGCGUUUCAGGCCCGACAUCAGAAGAGGUUGCUCAAUUACUACAAGCAAAAGAAUCAUAAGCUAGAAGACAUGUUGGUCUCUAUAAAGCAAGAAAUGCAGCAGAUGGGGAAGAAGCUGAAUGAUCAGAGGGCUUACAUUGCUAAGCUGGAAAACUCCCUCCAGCACCACAGCAGCAGUACUCACACCCCGCAUGGAAGCAAAUCAGUGCUUCAGAUUCCAUACGAGUCUCCCGUGUUCCUCCCGCGUCACGCUUCAGCCACCAACAUCAGCCAAAGCCUGGAGCUGGAGGACAGCAGUCUGUUCAGGAAACCCGUUUCUGCGCCCAGACCGUCGGUGAUGAAGGCGCUGCCAGAGGGACGACCAGGACCCGCCACCCACUGGUCCUACAGCCAGAACCCACUGACCUCCCACUCUGCACACUCGGCCACCGUCAGCCGUUUUUCUCCCUCCACUCCAGAGUCGUACGGCCAGAGUUCAGCCUGGAAGUUCAAAGCUCCGUCGUCCUUCAGCCGCUCUGCGUCCUUCCUGGGGUUUCCCCCUCCUUAACGCUUCUGGUUGGAUACCACUGAUGAUGCACAUGAAGGUGUUAAAUGUGCAGCUUAAACCCAACAUGCAGUGAGAGACAAACUGCUCUUUACUGUCAAACUGUAAAUGAAAUAAAUUGGAAAACGAG